UUUGUUUCGGAUAAGCCCUAAAUAACCGAAUCAUUAACCUAUACAGCUCUGAUUGGAAAAUCUCGUCGUUUUCUCUUUAACUUUCCCAGGAAAAUUCGUUAGAAGUGACAGCGUGAAUGGCGGAUCGCGCGGCGGAGACGAUCUCCGACAAGAAUCAGGAGCUAACGAGGGAGAAUCUGGAGAUGAAGGAGAGGUUAAAGAAGCUAACGGGAGAAAUGGAGGAGAUGAAACACGUGGAAGCGGAGAUGAAUCAGAGCAUGGGAGAGAUGGAGAAAGAGAUGGAGGAGUACGAGGAAGAGAAGAAGGCUUUGGAAUCUAUUUCCACAAGAGCUGUUGAGCUCGAAGGAGAGGUGUUGAGUCUUCAGGAAGAGCUCAACGCUUCGUUGACGGAGGUGGAUAAGAGGGUGGAAGAGGUGGUUGAGCUGAAGAAGGAGUUGGCUGAGAAGGGAGAGAGCUUGGAAGGGCGUGAGAAGGAAGCUGAGGGGUUAAGGAAGGAAAGAGCUGAUGUUGAGAGGAAGGUUAGAGAGUUGGAGAGGAAGAUUGGGGUUUUUGAAGUGAGGGUAGUGGAGGAGAAGAGCAAGAAGGUUAGGUUAGAAGAGGAGAUUAGGGAGAAAGGUGAUGCGAAAGAGAAGGAGAUCAAGGAUUUGCAGAAGAAAUUUGGGGACUUGAAUCUGGAGCUGGUGAAGAAUGGAGAGGAGUUGAAGAAAUGCAAGUCUGAGCAGAAGAAGGGGGCAGGGAGUGAAGCUGAGGAAAGAGAGAAGGAAAUGGAGUUGAGGAAGGAAGAGUUGCUGAAGAAGGUUGAGGAAGCGCAGGAGAUGAUAGUUGAGUUGAAAGAGAGAGCCAUGAAGCCUGGUAUCAGAGAGAGAAACACAUGAAAGUAGAGUUGUGGUGGCCAGUGGUUGGUGCUGGUUUGGUUGCAGCGACCGCGUUUGUCUGCUAUUCCAAGCUAAGGUGAAUUUUUUUAAUUGAUGUGUAACGGAUGAGAGGAAUAAUAACUGAUGACCAAGUUCUUAAGAUUGAUAUCAGGAAAUUGAUGAUUUGGAGUUGGAUUUGAGUUUUUGUGAUGCUUUUUUUGUUGAUGCCACGGAUGUUUCAUUCGCAACUGUGCUUUAUCA